CUUUGGAAAUUGCCAAAUUUCAAGACCAAUUAAUUAAGAGACUGAACGAAGAUGCAUUUCUGCAGCUGUCGCAUGACACCGAUGGUACUCCAGGUAGUAAUAGUCCAGCCACAGAGGCAGUUUUAUUGCAUCAGUAUGGCCAUUAUAGACCACAUGAAUGGAAUUUUGCUAAGGCUUUCCUGUACUCACUGACAGUGCUAACAACAAUUGGUUAUGGCAAUAUUGCUCCCAAAACCACGCUCGGCCGUUUGGUGACCUUGGCUUAUGCAAUAUUUGGCAUACCUUUAACACUAGUAUAUCUGUCAAGUACUGGCGGUAUAAUGGCGAAAGUAGCACGUGAAGUUUUCUCCAAAGCACUCUGCUGUUGUCUAUGCUCAAAUUGUGGCUAUUGUUGUUACGACGAGAAACGUAUGGCAGAAAAGGAACGACGUAUGAAACGAAAGCGACAGCAAGAGGAGCUACGUAAACAACAAGCGGCUAUGAAGGAACCAUACUAUGUACGUUCUGGCUCAAUGCAUGAUAAUUUUCAAACGCCUGAGAAACAAGGUAGUAUACCAAGUGGGCCACCAGAUAUUGACUCCCUAAGUGCAAGUGAAUCACGUAGUUCGAUGCAUGGUCUAAGCAUAUUAGCGCCCAUAAUAUUAUGCUUUUCCAUGAUGAUCAUAUACAUAAUAUUUGGUGCAUUUGUACUGUACCGUUUGGAAAAUUGGCCAUUACUGGAUGGUGUCUAUUUCUGUUUUAUGAGUUUAUCCACAAUUGGUUUUGGUGAUAUGUUACCGGGUUUAAGACGUGAAUCUAAUACAACAACUUGGUUCUGUUCGAUUUAUAUAAUGUCGGGGAUGGCACUAACAGCUAUGUGCUUCAACGUCAUACAUGAAGAAAUUGUAAAUCGUAUCAAAAUUGUGGUCGAAUUCAAAAAAAGUUCAAACUUGGAUACAACGAGUGAAGAACAAAACUAUUAUAUGCCGCCUUGGCAUUAUGAAAAGAAAUCAAAUUUAUAUCAGCGUAAUCCCACCGAAGAAACAUUGGUCACUGGUACGCCCACUUCACUUGUAUUUGGCAAUCAAAUCGAUGCCGAACUUGGUCAGAUGCAUGCGCUUAAAGACUAUGUCAAUCACGAGCUAGUGCCUAUAUUAACUAUGGAUCCCAACUCUUCGAACUCAGCUUCCACACAUCUACUUAAAAGUAAUGUCAACCUGCCGCUAACGAACUUGGUGCCCUACACAACUGCUACAACUUCUACACCAACUUCCUGCAGUGUUCUGAAUACCAUGGGCUUAUCGACAAGUAUGAGCAGUCCGCUGGUGGAUAAUUUAACUCCCACUACGCAAUCUUCCAUCGACUCAGCCAGUGGUCAUGGCAUAAAAGGUGUUUAUACUUUGGCUGAAGAACCAGAAUUAGAGGCACAAGAGACACAAAUUGAUCGUAUAUAGACGCCGUGUGCAGUUUUGAAUUAAAAUAUAGAAAAUGAAGUAUUAGGUUGUAGUCCUAGCUAUAGUAAGUCAUAUGUAUAUGUAUAUCUAGGUGUAUAUGUGUUAGUGUUGCUGAAAGUUUACCCUGCAGUAAAAUCAACUGAUGACAAUUGCUAGUAAAAAACAUGUGUUUUCUUUGAUUGAGUGGUCUCUUUCAGUCAAGUCAUAAUAUAAUUGUCCAAAAAGUGACUAUACCAAUGACAAAUUACUAGUGAAAAGCCGAUGAGUUUUAUUUAUAUAGAGUGGUCUCUUUUAGCCAAGUCUUGAUAUCGAGUAAUAUUUUUAAAUUAAGAUAUUCUUUAAAACUAUAAUAAUUUAUGGAAGUGAUUUAGUUAUGUGGAAUAAUUAAGUUUAUAAGGAGAAAUGACAACUCGAUUUGAGGGCCGACUUAAUUCAUUAGUUCAUCGUUUUUAUAAUUAUAUUAUCUGACAAUUGUCAUUGGUUUAUUUUCUAAAGAGGAAUAUUAUGGGCAACAUUAGCACAUAU